AUGGACUUCCAAAUAUACCCCAACUAUAUAUUCCGUAUACAAAUCAAAUUUCUGUUUUUAAACGGAAAGAGAGAGAAGAAAGCUGCAGAUGAGAGAGAAGGGAUCUCAAAUGUCAUCAAUCAUGAUUUGGAUUUGAGGUUUUUCAUUCACUACUGCAUCUCACAAGGGAUUGACUUGGUGAAGUUUGAAAUCCAGUUAAGCACCUGUGUUGAUUAUAUUUAUUCAUCAUCUUCUUCUUCUCCUGCUCCUGCUUCUUCGUCAUCAUCAAGUUGUGUUUCAAGCGAUGAGCUAGCUGUAUUGGAAGACGUCACUGAUGAUAUGUGUUUGAUCAAAAAGAUCCCGAAGAAGUCUGAUGUUUGGGUCAACAUCUUAACUGGAGUAGGGAAGUUGUUUGAAGGUGGUAUUAAAGAAGUUAAGGAUUGUGUUACAAAGUAUGGAAUAAAUAGUGGUCGCAAAUACAAAUUGAAGAAGAGUGACCUUGUGCGAUACACUGUGGAGUGCAAGUUCAAAAAGAAGGAAAAUUGUCCCUGGAGGUUUCACGCCUCUCUCCUCGCCAAUACAAAAUGUGUAUUUCAGUGCAAGAGAUACAUUAGAGAGCAUUCAUGUAGCUUAGAUAAUUCAGACCCAUCAAAAGUUAGGAUGAGAAAAUCGUUUAUGAAGGAUAUUUUGGCAGAUGAUUUACGAGCAUCUAAGAAUAAGAAGACUGCCUCUGACGUUAUAGAUUUACUCCGAAUGGAAUAUGGAGUUGACCUCACGUAUAAUCAGGCAUACUACGGUUUACAAUUCACCAAGCAAUUUCUUUGGGGUGAUGACAUCAAGUCUUAUUCAGACUUUGUUUGGUAUAAAGAUUCCAUUGAACAUUACAAUCCUGAAAGCGUCGUGAAUUUUGAGUCUGAUAGUGUGACACGUCGGUUCAAAAGGUUUUUCGUGGCCUUUGAAGCUUCUAUAACUGGUUUCAAUAAUUACUGCCGUCCGAUGCUAUUUAUCGAUUGUACCUUUCUCACUGGGAAGUUCAAAGGUGGUCUUAUGGUUGCUUGCGGCAAAACUGGUUACCAAGAGAUCUAUCCAGUUGCAUUUGGAAUUAUCGAAAGUGAAAAUUGUGAUAGUUGGCAAUGGUUCUUAACCAAUUUGAAGGGUUUUAUUUGUGAAGAUCGUCCACUGACCAUCAUAUCAGAUCGUGGAAUCGGCCUUUUGAAGCAUGUGCCUGAAGUCUUUCCAAAUGCCUUCCAUUCGUUCUGCUUGUACCAUAUGAAAGGAAAUAUUCCUGUUCCAAAGGGCAGGAGUAGACAAACUACAGUCCAGUUAUUCGAAGAGUGCUACACUGCAUUAACAAAGGAAAUUUUUUAUGUUGCUGCGAAGAGUAUGAGUAAUCUAAAGUUGGAUUCAGUGUUUGCUUGGAUGAUGAAGAUUCCAUUCGAGAAUUGGGCUGCUCAUGCAUUUCUAGGAGAAAGGUGGGGUGAGAACACAUCUAAUAUUGCUGAGAGUUUUGACAACGUCAUUAAGCAUGAUAAUCCGCUUCCAGCACUUGAGCUUGUUGAUGUUAUUCGUGCUAAGGUAAUGGAGCAGAAUUACAAGAGGUUAGUGGAGUCUAACAAGUGGACUACAAGGCUCACUCCUCGUAUGCAAUCAAUGUUUAACAAGAGGAUAAACGACUGUCGUGCAUACAGGUUUCGGAGAGCAAGUGAGAAGGUAUUUGAGAUCAUUUCUCCAACUGGGAAGCAUACUGUCGACUUGGAUUCUAGAACUUGCACCUGCAAAUGGUGGCAAAAACAUAGCUUUCCUUGCACUCAUGCAAUGAAAUCAAUGUUGCAGAUUGGAAAUGAUGAACAGUACAACUACAUCAGCCCUUACUAUACUUCUGACUACUAUAGAAGGUUGUACUCUCGACCCAUUUAUCCUAUUCCUGACUCUGAGAAGCCACCUGGAAUUAAUGAAAAAGGGUAUAUUUUGCCUCCCACCGGUGGUCGAGAACAAGCUGGAAGACCUAAAGGUGUUAGGUACAAGGGUUCUCGUGAAAAGGUGCGGAAGAAGAGGAAGUGUGGCCAGUGUGGGAUGCCGACCUUUCACAACCGUCGAACAUGUCGCAGAGCUCCUUUGGCUCCUCGUGCACCAACGUUUCGCAAGGAGUCUCAUUCCAGCUUCUUGAAGAGGAUGUUGUUCUGA